UGUAUUUCUAUCAGUCAGAACAACUGAAUCUCACUUAUAUCACCCAUCAAAGCCGUACACUUCGCCUCUUCAGUUUCUUUAUCACCGUCUCCCACCAUCGUCUCACUUUAACGACACGCUAGAAGCAUUUCCUCAUUCGUGUCGUGGUAAUGUCAUUCUUCGACUCAGUGCAGGAUGGACUAGCGCAGCACCAGUAGCGACGUCGAUGUCAGGUGGAAUAGGGAGUGGACAUGGCAUGGUGCCCUUUGAGGACGAUAUGAUAAUAUCCAAACCCGCAAUCAUAUUCCACAUUUCACAAGUCUUCUUCAAUUUCCUCGCAAUGGCUUGCUUCGCCAGUGUAGCAAGCUUUCAGGCCCAUUGGGGCGUUGGUCCUUCUGGCCUAUCAGGAUUCGCCAUCUUCGUCUCAGUCUCUGGCAUAUUCCUAGCGCUUUUUAUGCUAUUUGUGCCCGUCAUCUACGAAAAAUAUGACAGAUUUGCUCGACUCGCCCGUGCCAUGAAGGAAGUACGCGUAGGCUUUAUUCUCACGGGCACAGGUGUCACCUUGAGCCUUUUGAUCGCAUUCAUCGUCACCAUCUCAGCAUGGACAGAGCCAGGAUGUAAAGACGCGAACAACGACCCAAAUGCAGGGAAGGGCGACGGCUUCAAAAAUGGAUUACCCGGAUGGUGCAGUACCAAGAAAGCUGCAGCUAUAUUCUUCUGGCUUGCCUUUGCUUUUUGGGCUGCGUCGUUGGGUUUCCUCAUCUUGCAGUGGCGCAAUGGGAGCUUGACCACUCAUGCCCGCGACCCCCCAUUCACCCGCCCAGACAUUGAAGAAGGUGACGAGGAGGAAGAGGAGGAAGACACGACCACGAGAUACCAACAAGUCCCAGUCGUUGCUCCCUCUUCCUCCGCGCCACGACGAUCGACAUACGAUAAUUCUGACGCUGUCGAAUCACCAUUCUCUGACCCAGUCCGUUAUUCUGGUGCCGCAUCGAGUACAGCACCUACCAGUGGGUACACCAGUCCGCCUGCAGCAUCGCGACCUAGCAUGGAUGCUUAUGGCGCAUUCUCGGAUCCUGCACCGAGUGGCUUUGGUGGUGUCUCGCACAACUAUGCACCGCCACCCGCGGACGCUGCGCCACGCGUGAGUAGAACCAUGCAGUACGCAGACCCUUAUGCUGCCGUACGCGCCUCUCUGGCCCCCAGUGCUGGCGGACCGCCAAGUUAUGAAUCUUAUGCAGGAUAUCGAUGAGAGAGGCUAUUAUAUUUAUGAUUAUAGAUACUGUCAUUUGGACCAUUACUAUUUCGAUAUUUCCGUAAAGUCUAACUUACGCCAUUCUUGUUUCUUAUCGCCCUGCUUUGCUCUCAUGUAUAAUAAGGAACAUUGCAUCUUUUGGAUACCGACUAUCAGUAAAUGUUGAGCCAAUUUGUACGUUU